CGGAAUACCCGGCUCCAAUAACAGCCUCAACCUGUACCUCGAUGCUCUGCACUACGUGUAUGACUGAUGUGCAUCUUCGACUGCUAGCUUGCUCUUUCGUACACAUGACCUCGUCGCAUUACUUGGUAAGGCAGUUGCUUGUCGUCCAGACGCGUAGGGAGAGCAAACGCAGUAUCUACAGGAUGCCCGAUAUCCUAUUGUUUGCAGCGUCCAAAUCCACGAAACCAGAACGCCAUGUCGGACUCCACCGCCGCCCUCUCAGCCUGGAUCUCAGCUCCAGACUGGCGCGCUCUCCUCGUCCUCAACGCGCGCUUCAUCCGCGAGCUCGACGACACAGCGCCCUACCCGCUUCCCUGCAACAAACGCAUUGCACAAGAUCUGCAGCCCGACGCCAUCGAGCUCCAAGCCUACGGCUUUCUCGUCCGCUACGCCCGCGCAGAGUGGGACUCGGGACCCGUCAAGAACGAAAGCGAUAUCCCGCUCGGCGGGCCGUGGAGCCGCACCCAGGACCGCGCGUUCCUGCAUCUCGUGCUGCCCACCGAGACGGGCAUCCUCCGGCCCCGUAUCGAGACGCUGCUGCUCGCGCUCCUGGCCGACAGGCAGAACCUCGAGGUCACCGUGCUGGCCGACUGGAAAGACUACCCGCCCGCCGCACAGCAGCUGUUCCCGCACCACGCGCGCAAGGCGCAGCCCGAGCGCCCCAGUAUCGAGCCGCUGGCCGCCAGGCUGGAGAUGUUCCACUCGACCGUCAACCGCGACGCGGGUGAUGCCGCGCCGGUCAGGAGCACGAGGCGCACCUUCGGCCGCACCAGGUUUGCUGCUACCGAGACCGGGCUGCGAUCCAGGGCUGUGGUCUGGCACCGCUGCGCUUCGCUGCCGUAUGAGACCGUGGAUGAUGUGCCUGCGGGCUCGAGGGAUGCGCGAGCACUGGGGUUGCAGAUCGACGCCGUGCGGGACGCGCGGGUGUUGGAGAUAGUGGUUGCGAGUAAGAAGUUUUACACGGGAGGUGGCGAGGAUGCGCUGGAUUUGCCGAAUUAUGUCAUGGUCAUGUGUGAUGAUGCUGGCUUGAGGAGGGAUUUCGAGGAUUGUGUGUAGGUAUUGCUAUGCUGGGAGGGUUGGGGGUAUGGAUGCUUCGGUGGUGUCGAAAUAGUGGUUACUGACUCUCUGCUUCUCUGCCGCUUGUGCACCUGGAGUGCUGUAAGUAUGCUCUGCCUUCUGUUGCCGCU